CCUUCCCCCACACUCUUUCCGGUCUUGGUCCAGCGCGCAGGCUCAGAGAGUGAGCCAAGAUGGCGGCGCCCGUGGAUCUGGAGUUGAAAAAGGCCUUCACAGAGCUUCAAGCCAAAGUUAUUGACACUCAACAAAAGGUGAAGCUUGCAGACAUACAGAUUGAACAGCUAAACAGAACGAAAAAGCAUGCCCAUCUUACAGAUACAGAGAUUAUGACUUUGGUAGACGAGACUAACAUGUACGAAGGUGUAGGAAGAAUGUUUAUUCUUCAGUCCAAGGAGGUAAUUCACAAUCAGCUGUUAGAGAAACAGAAAAUAGCAGAAGAAAAAAUUAAAGAAUUGGAACAGAAAAAAUCCUACCUGGAGCGCAGCGUGAAGGAAGCUGAGGACAACAUCCGGGAGAUGCUGAUGGCCCGAAGGGCACAGUAGGAAUCCUCUAGGGGGCACUUCUCCUACUGACCCCUCCCUCCCAUUCCUGGCAAGGACAAGGGGCUCAUGCAGGGAGGAAAAUGGCCUCUGCUUUACCCUGAUGGACAUUUUAUCUGGAUGGUUGGUAACCCUGUGUUUUCUACAUCACCCUGCGCCCCUGUCAAAUCCCAACCCCACGGUUUUGAUCCCAGCUCUGCCUGCCGCCCCUGCCUGUGAUACUCCCCUCCCUGUGGGGGGCGAGUCAUAAACUCCCAGGAGAGAGAAGAUGGGAGCCAGGACAGACAGGGGCGCUCUGCCCACAUCCCCUGCGAGUCAUGCUGGUCAGACCAAUAAAAGGCAUCGGUGCCACUCUGCUAAGUCUUUUCUUGAGCUGACGGGUGAGAACAGAGAGGCAGAGACUACCUCUCCCUCAGCUCCUCCCUGUCCCUCUCUGGGGCUGUGACCCUGACCCUUCUGCCUCAGAGCCUUCCCCGCUGCUUCUCCCCUCUGAUCAUUCGAGGGAACGCCCUGGAAUGCGCAGAUCUGAGAAAAAGGAGACCAGAAGACCAGAGCAUAGCUGAACUUAAGUGAGCAGGACAGCAGUUCCUUGGUGGCAGCUUGCCUAAAGAUUCCUUUUCUGCUUCCUCCCAAACAUUUGAAAGAAAAUCUAGUAAUAAACCAGCAGCACCUCUAAGACUCUCCCUUUGGUCAGGGUCAUAGGUGGAUGCUACAAUCCUGAGGCUGCCUAGAGGCUUGGGGGCAGUGGUGUCUUGAGCUGGCUUCCAUGGGCUCGGGGGAGUUACUCAAUUUUUAGGAAUUUUGUUGCAAUCCAUUUGUUAAACACAGCCAUUGUUAAAAAUUAAAUUAUGUAAUUUACA